AUGGCGAUUAAGUCCUGGCUCCCCGCUGCGCGCAAGCUGCUGUCUCUCGCUCUCCUCGUGCUCCUCGCCGUCACCAGCGCCAGCGCAGCACGGCCCAUGCUGCAGGCGUCAUCGGCCACCGCAGCAGCCGCCGUCACCGGCGCUCGCACGUUCAGCUCUACCUCGGCCUUGGGAUCUCCGCACAGGCGGGUGCAGCAGCAGGUGGCAGCGAUGGUGGCGGCGGGCAGGCAGAAGCUGAGGGAGGAGGUGCAGGCUCAGUUGGAGAGAGAGAAACUGGCGCUGUUGGCUGAUGCCCGGCGGAAAGAGGAGCAAAAGCGGAGGGAGCAGGAGGAGUUGGAGAGAAUGUUGGCGGAGAAUCAGAGGAAGGUGGAGGAGGCACAGAGGAGAGCAGCGGAGGAGAGGGCCAGGGAGGAGGGGCUGAGACACAAGGAGCGAGAGGCAGUCAAUGCGGUGGGGUGGAGAGUGUAG